UCCCGCCAAGCCAUGACAAUGGAGAGAGUGCAAUGCUCCUAUGAAUCUCUGGAUGAAACGUUCGAAAUUGGGAAAGAGAUGUAUCGUGGACAGCAAUACAGUCAAAUUUACUUCGCUCGUCUUCGCUUGAUGAGAACUCUCUUGUAUUCCCUUGUUUCCCAAUGGAAACCUAAUUCUCCUGUGUGCACGGUGUUGGGACUGGAAGAGGGCAAGGAGUGUGUUGUUGUUGGGACACUGUUUAAAAACAUGAAAUUGAAACCUUGCAUACUUGAUGAGUAUUCUAAAGAGAGAUCGGUUGUCCCGCUUGUCAAGCCGCAUAACUUUGUGGACAAAGAUGAUUAUCUUGUUUUGGAAGAUGAAAGUGGAAGAGUUAAGCUUGGUGGGAAUAUUAUUGUACCAUCUGUCUAUGUAACAGAUAUGCAUAAUCGAAUGAGGGAGCUCUACGAUUGGAACGAUGUUGCCAAAAGGACUGAAAUUGUGUAUGACCGUGCUUUGAAGUGUUCCAAUCAAAAUCUAUUAGAGCGUCUCUCACGAUAUCUCGUAUGUGGAGUGUGGGCAGGGAAGCUGUUUUGCUUGGUUAUGAUUGUUGGUUAUCUGUUUUGGCAGCUAUUGGAAAUAUGGCAGCCUGCAGAUGAUAUUGGCAACCAUGAAGACGAGAUAUUGGAAAAUGCACAAUGA